AUGCUUAUUACAAAAUUGCCAAAAAAUGUACCAUUUGAGGAACUGAAGAGAUUGAUUGCCAUCGAAUGCGAUGAUAAUUUUAAGAAUAUAAAGCUCUUACACAACGGGAAAAUUCUUACCAAUACAAUGACACCGGCGACUACAUUCAAAGAUACAGAUGACGUCAAUGACUUAAAAUGUCACAUCAAGGAUCCUUCGAAAACAACCAAAAUAAAGUUGGGCUCAAGGAAGUUAAUGCUAACAGAGAAAGAGAGGGUCGAUGUGUACGUAUACAAGACUGAAAGAGAAUACGAAGAUGGUGAACCAGACUUAUUAUCCGUAUUUUUGACCAGCAAAUCUGGCGUCGAAGUUAACCGCGUCGUUGAAAUUAACUGGAUGUCAAAAGAUCGAAAUAAACCCUUUUUGGGUGGAUACAAAAGUAAACUGGAUGAGAGGGUGUUUCACAACGCUUCUGCCCAAACGCUACCGAAGCCCAUUCGCAAGCCGGCAGUCCCCAUGUUCUCCAGAGAGGUGCAGACCUACCAGAUGAAGCACGCUACACAGGAGACUCUUCAUGAUUCCUCAACAGCAAUGACAAAAGUUGGAUUUUAUUACAGCAACGCAACUGAUAAAUUGAUUUUGCCGUUGCGAUACGAAACCGCCGAUGAUUAUGAACAACGAAUUCUCCGACAGGUAACUUGUUCUGUUUAUGCCUUCUGGUUUUUGUUCUUUCAUCUGGAAUUUCUACUAUGA